CCCUUAAUGGAAUGAACACUUGUGGAUGGGUGAUUUGUGGACGAGUGAUGCGUGGUUGGGUGAUUUGUGGACGGGUGAUGUGUGGAUGAGUGAUGUUAAUGUGUUUAUAAUAGAUAACGUGGACAAACUCUCUGUUUUGAUUCCAUAAAACUAUACAACAAUACGUGGACAUGGACUCAUGUUACUAAAACUAUACCAUAAAACGUGGACAAUGACUCUAUUAUCUCCAAUACAAACACUUGACUUCGUCAGCUCAAUUGAUAAAUUAUCUGCAAUUAAACUUCAAUCAAAAUGAGAAAGAGAUGAUAUUGUGAGUAUGAGCGGAGAGAAAAAUCGAAGAAGCAUUUACCUUUUGUCGGAGAGUAAUAGAUCUUGCAUGUCAUAGAAUUCUGAUCUAAGGAAUUUGCGCUUUGUCAUGAUGUGGAUGGAUGUAAUUUUGAUUAGAGUUGAAUUUAGAUUCCGACCUGAUGAAUGGAAUUGAAGGAAUAUUGUUCAUGUCCACAACUAGUUUAUAAUUUUGUUAAGAUGUUCAUGUCCACAACUAAUUUAUAAUUCUGUUAUUCACGCUUUGGUGUCCACGUCCACAUUUUGUUUACACAUUAAUGUAUAUAAUAUAUAUAUGAACAUGGAUCUUAAAAGAUAGAGAAUUUUAUAUAUAGUUUAUUAUGACAAUUAUUUUUGUUUAAUAUAUUUUAGAACUUGAGAUAAAAGUAAAUAAAUACAUAAAGUAGAAUAAAAAAAAUAAUAAAAUAAAAUAAGAAGAGUAUAGAAAUUCUCUUUAGUUUAGGGUUAUAAGAGUAUUUUGACAAAAGAAAGUGUCUGACAAGUAAUAAGUCUUUUUGUACUGUAAUUUGAGCAUGAAAAAUUGUCUAUAAAAAAUUCAAAAGAAUAAGACACAUUCCGUAGAAAGGAAAGAAAGCAAAAUAGAUGCCAUGCCUUGUUGAAACCUUCUAAAGCAGCUGGAAGGUUUCACGUUGAUACAGCCUUAAACGUUUCCCGCCAUUUCGUCCUCAGUAAAGUCACGUGACUAACUAACUAAUGUGGGAGUUUAAACGACAUGGCUUUCUCUGCAGAUACAUCUUCUCUGGCGUUCUCUCUUCCGAAUUCCUAAGCUCAAGUAGGAAACUUAGAACUCACGCAAUCAUCCGAAACAUGUGCUGUACAUCUAUAACUGAUAUGGUUGUUUCAAAGAUAGGUUUGGUUUUGUUUCUCAAAAGUUGAGACACGAGGAGAUGUCAGUUUGCCAAUUCUAGCACCUUCGCUCGCUCUUAUUACAUUGUGUUUAUGCUUCAGUUUCCAUCUUUUUGGACGUUAUCUUAUUACAUUGUGUUUCUCUCGCAGACCAAGAGCUUAGCUUGGUUUCGUGCCUACAAUGCCCCUGAACGUAUUCUUCUAGCUAGAACAAAUCAAAUUUGAUCUGUGUGUUUACUUACUCUAAUCAGCUAGCCCAGAAGUUAAGACACUCUUAAUAAUCUAAGAUCAUAUCUUCACAUAUUUUUCUUACAUGCUCCUUCACAAUGUCUUGACUAAGGAUUGGGAAAAUACCUCAUGAUGCUCUAUGAUCAGACUUCACAAACUCUGUAUCUCAAAAGUCAAUUUUUGUUUUUAGAAUUUCCUGUAAUAACUAAACACUGGUCGAUGAAUUUAGUUAUUCAAAUUAUUAUUACAACUUACCUUAUAUAUAUAUGAACAUAGAUCGUGACUUUUCAUCCAACGAUUUGUUGAAUAUUCAUAUUAUCUUGUUUAUACAAUUUAAAAUAACAAGAAAGACGUUGACCUUCAUUGCUUCCAGUUCCAAGAAACCUAUUAAAAUUUUCACAUGCUCUUAAUGGGCAAACCCAAUUAUAAAAUUGUAUUAGAGAAAGUGGAUCAGCAAUGGCGACUGUUCAUCUCAGCUCAUCAUCCCUCUUCAUACAAUUCAAAGGAAGAAGAUACAACUCCAUACCCUCCGUCAAGAGUCUUCAAAAACGCAACGUUUUGUCUAUGUCAUCUGCUCUCACGUCACGAGGUGGAGACAUGAUUACACCACACGGUAAAGGAAAUGAUCACAACUCCUCCACCUUUGACUUCAAGUCAUAUAUGACCCGUAAAGCCGAAUCUGUGAACGCUGCUCUAGACGUUUGCGUACCGCUUCUGAAACCCCUUACGAUUCAAGAGGCGGUGCGGUACUCAUUGCUAGCUGGUGGAAAACGCGUGAGGCCUCUGCUCUGUAUUGCUGCCUGCGAGCUUGUGGGUGGCGACGAGGCUAGUGCCAUGUCAGCAGCUUGCGCGGUGGAGAUGAUACACACGAGCUCUCUUAUUCAUGACGACCUUCCCUGCAUGGACAAUGCUGAUCUCCGCAGAGGCAAGCCAACCAACCACAAGGUAUUUGGAGAAGACAUGGCAGUUCUGGCGGGUGAUGCACUCCUUGCUUUGGCUUUUGGGAACAUGACGGUCGUGUCAAGUGGUUUGGUCGCUCCGGAGAGGACGGUUCGAGCAGUAACUGAGCUGGCAAAGGCCAUAGGGAUGAAAGGGCUUGUAGCUGGGCAAAUGAUUGACCUACGCAGCCAAGGGUUAAAUCCAGAGGAUGCUGGCUUGGAGCGUCUAGAGUUCAUCCACCUUCACAAAACGGCUGCACUGUUGGAGGCAUCGGCAGUUUUAGGGGUUAUAAUGGGAGGUGGGACGGAUGAAGAGAUUAAGAGGCUUAGAAAGUACGCGAGAUGUAUUGGGUUACUGUUUCAAGUGGUUGAUGAUAUUCUUGACGUAACAAAAUCUACUGAGGAAUUGGGUAAGAGCGCCGGGAAAGACGUUAUGGCUGGAAAACUAACGUAUCCGAGGUUGAUUGGUUUGGAGAAAUCCAGGGAACUUGCGGAGACGUUGAGCAGAGAAGCAGAGGAACAGCUUCUAGGGUUUGAUCCGAAUAAGGCGGCGCCUCUGGUGGCUUUGGCUAGCUACAUUGCUGGCAGACACAACUGAUCUUUCGCAAUAAUUGAUCACAUGCUCAAUGUAUCUAAUGUCCGAAGUCCAAACAAGUUUGUUUUGUUUACAUUCUGGUCUUUUUUUAAUAAAUUUAUGUUGUGACCUCUGUGUGUUUUCAGGUUGUAUUUUGCUUUUUGAGAUUUUAAUGUCAUAUUUCAACAAAUAUAAUGAAGGUUUGCACAUGGGAACAAAGCAAGUGGCCAAGUGGGUAUACUAA